UUGAAAUGUUCAAUUAGUUGGGUGCUACACCUAGGCCAAGAAUGUAUUUCUACAUAACUGGACACCAUUUUUUAAUCAAUACGUGAAUAGGAGUCAGUUGCUUUUCUCUAAUUUUUAUGGGUUAAACGUAGCUGAAUUAACUAUUCGUAGAAGUGAAUAAAGAUAUACAGAAUGGAUCACUGUGAACAGGAAAACAGGGCGAAGAAUCCCAAGGAGACUUCUAACAUCAUUUCCACACUCACAUUUGCAUAUACAGGAGAAAUAUUUAAGAAAGGCUAUAAACACUCCGAUCUAGAGGAAUCUGACUUAUAUGAGGUAAUAAAAAGUUGCAGUUCUAAAAGUUGUGGCAACGAAAUCGAAAAACAAUGGAUGAUAGAAAAUAAAAAAGAUUCACCGCCUUCUAUAAAUCGACUUCUAUGGGCUAGAUUUGGUUACAGAUAUAUGUUUUUAGGGCUUAUUAACAUGACAUGGAAAGUAUUCACUAGUGUAGUGGAGCCCUAUGCCGUUAGUUCCCUGAUAGCUUACUUUAAACCUCACUCGCAGAUGACGAAAUUUGAUGCCUACUAUUAUGCAGCUUUGAUGAUGCUAGUAAAUAUAUGUCAGUGUUUCUACAUCCACAACUACAUUAUUAACGUCCAACAGCUUGCUAUAGAAAUUAAAACGGCAUUUUCUUCCCUGCUGUAUAGAAAAGCUCUGAAACUUACGCCGUCAGCUCUGUCUGAAAUCAGUUUGGGAAAUGUCGUCACACUUAUUACUAAGGACGUUCAUACAUUUUAUCUGUCAAUAUGGAUGAUCAAUGACACUUGGAUAGGAAUCAUACGUGUCGCCGUUUCUUGUUACUUGCUUUAUUCCAAAAUUGGAGUUACUACUUUCAUUGGCCUUGGAAUUUUGUUCAGUAUCUUACCUCUACAAAUAUAUAUUGGAAAAAAGAUUAGUGAGUUGAGGUUAAGAGUGGGUAAAAAAACUGAUCAACGUCUACAAGUGACGCAGGAGACUCUAUCAACAAUCAGAAUAAUAAAGAUGUAUACGUGGGAAAGGUUCUUUAAUGAUAAGGUGACAGAAGCAAGAAUAGAAGAGAUUAAUAAGAUGCUGGUCGUGUUUUAUCUAAGAAUAGUGAUGGUCAUCGGAGGAAUACUAUGCUCAAGAGUAGCGUUUUACAUCCUUGUGGUGGGUUAUAUAUGGAUGGGAUUCGUAACAAACACUGAACUAGUCUUCUACAUCCUUUACAUUUUUAAAGAUCUUCGACAUACCUUGGGUAUAAUAAUACCAUUUGGUAUGGGCAGAGCAGCAGAACUAUACUCCGCUGUAGUAAGGAUAAACAGGGUAAUAAAAGCUGAAGAGUUACCUCCCAAGAAAGGAACAGAUGAACCAACUCUUAAACCUCUGAUAGAACUCAAAAACGGCACAGUCCACAUAAACAAACAUACAGUACUGAAGGAUGUAACUUUCAGGACCGACUCCGGAUUAACUCUUGUGACUGGUACUGUCGGAUCUGGAAAGAGUUCCUUGUUAAAAACUAUUUUGCAGGAUUAUCCUUUAACUAGUGGUCAUGUGGUGACGCAUGGGCGCAUUUCAUACGCUUCUCAAGAACCGUGGCUUUUCCCUUCAUCUAUAAAACAAAAUAUAUUAUUUGGGGAAAAUUAUGACGAAAAAAGGUAUCAAGAUGUGGUAAGAGUUUGUGCCUUACAGUAUGAUUUUAACUUAUUUGAUAAAGGAGAUGAAACCAUUGUUUCGGACAGAGGUUUGAAUUUAAGCAAGGGCCAGCAAGCGAGGGUAAAUCUAGCGAGAGCUAUCUAUAAGGAAAGUGAAAUUUAUCUGCUUGACGAUUCUUUGACAGCUCUAGAUGCUCAUGUUCAGGAUUACAUAUUCAAUGAAUGUAUAAAAAAAUAUCUAAAAGACAGGAUAUGUAUACUUGUUACUCAAACCGCUAACCAUAUUCAAGAAGCUGACAAUGUUGUAAUAAUGGAUAAAUGUCAAAUUAAGUCAUUAGGAAAGCCCGACGCAAAAAUAAUUGAGGAUCUCAGUGAGUUGGUGUGUAAAGACGAUGAUUUGGAAAAGGAAGUAGUUGAAGAAAAUGGGCAGGAGGAAGAAGGUGAGGAAAAAGGAGAAGAGGCUAAAUUACUCGAAACAGAACAGACUACAAAGAAGAAGGUCUAUGGAGAAGUAAAUAAAAAAGGAGAAGUUGAUUUUAUAGUUUAUAAGAAAUAUCUGCUGUUUGGUGGAGGAGUUUGUUUAAUGUUAUUGAAUAUAAUCUUGUUUGGUGUAACGCAAGGUACUGAGAGCUAUUCAGAUCAAUUAAUCACCAAAUGGGUGGAUGAGCAGCAAAAUGUUUUAGAUCUCGAAACCAAUUUUACAAAAGAAUUUCACAUUAACGGGCACUCACCUGAAUUAAACGUUACGGACAAUUCUACAUUCAUAAAUUUUACGUUAGUGUUGGAAGAAGCUAGAGCAAAAGAGAAGUUCACAAUUAAUUUAUAUUCCCUAAUGAUUUUUGUAUCAACAACGCUGGAUUUAAUAAAAACUUACGCCCUCUAUGAUUUUUGCAGAAGAGCGUCUAUUAAUAUCCAUAAAAGUAUGUCCCGAACCAUUAUAUAUGCUGUGAUGGCGUUCUUUGAUACACAUUUUAUUGGAAAUAUAUUGAAUCGAUUUUCUCAAGACUUAAAUAACAUUGAUGAGCAUCUACCAUUUGUUUUUUCUGAAUGCUUCAGAGUGGCCUUCUCUGUGAGCGGAAUUAUCUUUUUAGUGGCCCUCGUAAACUGGAAGUUUCUCGUUCCAUUCGCGAUAUUCUUUAUGAUUUUGGUUAUUUUAAGAAGACUAUAUUUACCUACAGGGAGAAGUUUAAAAAGACUGGAAGCGGCAACUCGCAGCCCGAUGGUGGGUCAUUUGAAUGCAUCUCUUGAAGGACUUACGACAAUAAGGGCAUAUAAGGCCCAAAAUAUUUUAAUCGAAGAAUUUGACAGAUAUCAAGACUUAUUUACAUCAGCCAAUUUUACGUUAACCUGUACGACUAGGGCUUUUGGUUUCUUCAUGGACUUUCUUUGUUCAGUUUUCAUCGGCGUUGUUGUGGCAGUGUUUGUAUUUCUUGACACAGGUACAAGCGCUGGAAACGUUGGACUCGUUUUGACGCAAGUCUUUAUGUUAGCUGGACAUGUCCAAUGGGGUGUGCGCCAAUGGGCUGACCUCGAAAACCUAAUGACAUCAGUGGAGAGGGUUUUGGAAUAUACAGAGAUAAAACAAGAACCCACUGGAGGUGUUACCGUGGAGAACUGGCCCACUGAGGGAGCAGUAACAUAUGAAAAUGUUACGCUGACUUAUAAUAACAAUGAAAAAGUACUGAAAAACUUAAACUUUAAGGUGGAACCGAAACAGAAAAUAGGAAUAGUGGGAAGAACGGGUGCCGGGAAAUCCUCUAUAAUCUCCACAUUGUUUAGACUUUACGAGGUCGAAGGGAAGGUUAUAAUUGACGGAGUCGAUCUAAAAACUCUGUCUCUGAAAUUUCUAAGAACAAAAAUUGCUAUAAUUCCCCAAGACCCUGUAUUAUUCACAGGAACAAUCCGAACCAAUAUCGAUCCUUUCAACGAAUUUGCGGACGAGGAUAUUUGGAAAGUUUUAGGAAAAUUACAUCUCAAGAACUUGAUAAAAACUUUAGAUUUUGAGAUCACCGACAGCGGGGCAUUCUUCAGUUCCGGUCAAAAGCAACUAAUGUGCUUGGCUAGAGCACUCAUACGGAAAACGAAAGUAGUAGUUCUCGAUGAGGCCACAGCAAAUAUGGACCAUGAAACCGACGCCUUAUUGCACGAUACCAUAAAGGAGAAUUUCUCUGAUUGCACAGUAUUUACAAUUGCACACAGGCUUCAUUCAAUUCUAGAAUGUGACAGGGUAAUGGUGUUGGACAGAGGCGAAAUUAAAGAAUUUGAUGAUCCCGUAGGUUUGAUGGAAAACAAGGAUGGCAUGUUCUACAAAAUGGUGGAACAGGCGGGUUUACUCAAUUAUUUAAGUUAAUUUGUUGUGUCUUGUAAAUAUAUAGAAAAAUAAAAUCUAUUACUAUUUCA